UAAAAAAAUGGCAGUGCAAGGCGUACAAGGAAAUUGAGAAUUUUCGUUUUUAACGUCUGAUUUUCAAUUUUUGACGCUUGUGUAAAAUCAAAAUUAUACACAAAUUUUUAGACGCGUUCUUCUUGCAGGCCAGGAAAUAGUAAAAGGCAGGUAUAUCUUGUUGAUGUUAAAAUCAUUUUCGGUAUGUCAGAAAGUGAAAUCGUAGCUCAUCAACGGAAACAACAGCAGCAGCAAUUUCCACAGCAACCUGGGACUGGUCCUAUGGCGAACAUGGCGUGGCAGCAGUAUCCUCCAGAUAUGCAUUUUUAUUCUCCUUACGCAGGACCAAUGUAUGGACAAGGGUUUAAUCAAGGACAACCGUUUUAUUAUCAUCCGGGAAAGAUGGGACCUUAUGGACAAGGUUUUAAUCAUAUGCAACAACAGCAGCAGCAGCAAAUUCCACAAAGUCCGAAUAAUCAAGGAAAGCAGCAGAAUCAACAGUCCCCACAGCAGCAGCAGCAGCAACAACAACAACAACAGCAGCAGCAGCAAGUCCAACAGCAACAACAGACUCAACAACAAACAGAAUCGCAAACCCCUGUUGCUAAUCUCUUAGACGAUGAUUCCGAUCUUCCACCUCUUCCCCCAGGACCCCCACCACCCGUUCAAUCAAAUAAACCACCUCAGAAUACACAAAAUCAAUCGCAAAUUUAUCAACAUCAACCUUAUUAUAAUAUGUACGGGCAUAAUAAUUGGAAUGGAAUGUAUAACGAUGCUUCGCAAUUUAAUGGUCAAAUUCGCUUUAACCUACAGAAUAAAAAAACCGGUCUCGGUUUUUCUCCCUCUGGUAAUAGCGGUGCAGCCAAGAAAAAACGCAAGCGAAAUAAAAAUCUCGCGGCACAAAAUAAUACUAAUUUUCAGGGGAAUAAUACUUCGUCAAAUUUUCUUUCGGGUUCGAAUUUAAAAGUUGAUGUACCCCCCUUACCACCACAGCCCCCACAACAAGAUCCACCCGCAUUACCCAUUAAAGAAGAAAAAUUAUCACCCACCACCACCACAACCACUGUAAUUAGUCCCAUAACACCAGGUGCAAUUGUUCCAAUAAUUGACGCGAAACCAUCAAUAAAUACAAAUAUUGCUGGUGAUUGGCCGGAAAAUUUGAAAAAUUACGUUAAUCGUUGUUAUGAAAAAUGUCAAACCGCAGUCGAUAAGGAUCAAGUUGAAAUAAUAUUAAAAGGAAAAAUAACAAGGGCGGCUAACGAUGGAUCAUUAUGGGUAAAGGAUUGGGAUAAUGAAAUUCUACCUAGUAUUCAUAGUGAACGUAUGACCAUGACAAUAAAACCUCGUAAUACACCUAUGAAGCAUGGUUUCACGCUUGCACAAACGCAGGGAGGCUUGCGCAAGCCAGGACUAUCAACGUCCCUUGGUGCAAGGCUUGGCGCUCGUCUCUCUGCCGGUCACAAGCGAUCAAAAUCAAAAUCAAAUUCUGGGUCACGUUCGAGGUCAAGAUCAAGGUCACGUUCACAUUCCCGUACACCGCCACCACGAAAAUAUAGACGCAGUACAUCCUCAUCAUCAAAUCAAAGUGAACACAAUAAUGAUUAUAAUAAAUCAUCAUCAACAAUGACAAAUUCAACGUCAAAAUCAAAAAAAUCAACGCGUAAUAAACAAAAUCAUAGUAACAAGAAAAACAAGAAAAAUAAACAGGUCAAAUCACAUUUCUAUUCUGAAUUUGGUUUAGCAUCGGGUAAUGAUGAAUUAGGAUCAAAGGAAAAACUUCAACAACGUGCGGCAAGAUUUAAUGAUUCUUGUAAAUCGGCUAAUAUUAGUAUUCGGGAAGAUGUCAAUGGGGAUUUUGACUUCACAGGUCUUCAUAUUAUCGGGACAUGUCAAGAUCUCGAGAAACCGUAUCUGCGCUUGACUUCAGCUCCAGCUGCCUCUUCAGUGCGACCGGUAAGUGUAUUAAAAAAUUCUCUGGCUCACGUUAAAAAACGAUGGUUGGAGGGUCAAGAUUAUCGUUAUGCGUGCGAUCAACUUAAAUCAAUUCGACAAGAUUUAACAGUACAAGGAAUUCGUGAUUCUUUCACUGUUCAUGUUUAUGAAACACAUGCGAGAGUCGCACUCGAACGUGGUGAUCAUGAAGAAUUUAAUCAAUGUCAAACACAAUUAAGAAUGUUGUAUCAAGAUCUCGAGGGCAAAAAUCGUUGUGAAUUCAUUGCUUAUAGGAUCCUCUACUACAUUUUCACUAAAAAUUCUCAAGAUUUAACUACGAUACUCGCGUCACUUACCGCUGAUGAUAAAAAAGACAAGUGUAUUUUGCACGCAUUGCAAGUUCGUUCCGCUUGGUCACUCGGUAAUUUCCAUAGUUUUUUCAAACUCUAUAGGGAAGCGCCACGAAUGGCAGCAUUCCUGAUGGAUUGGUUCAUCGCUAGGGAGCGAAAGCUAGCUUUAAAAACAAUGAUCAAGACUUACCGGCAAAAUUUGGCAGUUGAUUUCAUCGUAGCGGAAUUGGCAUUUGAAACGUUGGACAAGUUUUAUGAAUUUGUCUCUGAGUUCGGGUUGAUUUAUGCUGAUCCACAGAAAAUGCAAAUCGACUGCAAGGCGAGUAGUGGUACACUAGGUUCUUGGUAGAACGUCGUCAACAAAAAAAAAAAUUUCCCCUCAUUCUUCACGAGGGAUUUGCAAAUAAAGAGGACAUUUUCAAAAAAAAAAUAGCGCGUCAAACACACGGAUUAGUGUGUCAGAAUACGCGUGAAUCAGUUAUUUGGAAGAGGAUUUGUGGUCGAUAUCCCUCAACCCUUUUUAAAAAUUCUUUUGAACCAUGCGUACUUUUCCAAAUGUCCGAUUCGUCAUUGUAUAAAGUUAUAUAUAUACAAAUUUUCACAACUUUAGACGUGGAAAAAAUAAGUACAAAUAUCGAUUAAAUAUGUACAUUUUCAACUCUUCUUUUUUUUGAGAGAAAAAAGAGAAAAAGAGAGAUGCAAGCGUCUCUAAUCUCCUCCAAUUUGUUAUUAUUGAUUUUUUUCAAAUCAUCAUACUUUUCUUGGCAAGACAUACACAUUUUGUACAUAUAAUUUUUUACAAGUAUGUACGCUGCAUUGUAUAUAGAAAUCAUCUUUAUAUCUCAUCGAUUUAAAUUAUAUUGAAUUUUUAUUGUAUAUUUAAUAAUGUUUCAUCAGUACAAAGUCACCAACAGAGUACUUGAAUCUUCUUCGAAACAAUCCGCUUUAUUCCUCAAUCGUUUAUAUAUAUAUAUAUAUACAAUCAUCAUAAAUCAUCAUCGUGUCGUCAUUUCUUAUAAUAUAAAAAUUCUUUUGCUUGGUGGAAAAAGAAAAUCAAAUUUUUAUUGAUUUUUCAAGUAAAAUCUUUUUAUCUUCACUUUGAAAUUACAUCGAACGAGAGAAAGAAAGAGAGCGAGCGAGAGAGCGAAAGAAAGAUAGAAUGUAAAAUUCAAUGUUCAUCAGUUUCCUAGGAGGGAAGGAGUAGAAGAACACCAAUUUGUCAAAUUUUUUUGAAAAAAAAAUAAAAUUCCAAGUUUCGUGCCAAGGGGGAAAAAAAAAUCUACCACGAGAAUUGGUCGAAUAGUUGAAAAUUGAAGCCCUUCUGAAUUAAAUAUUUUACUUUUGGAUUUCGAAUUUUUAUCAAUAAGGAAGAAUGAAGAUUGAUUUGAGGGAUUGAAGAAGAAGUGAAAGAAGAGUAAGGACUUUUAAAAGACAUUGUUUUUUUUUGUGUCAAGUGUGAUACCUUUUCGAAAGUGUUGAAAAAAAAGAAACUCUAGUGAAAAGGCAGUUUUUUUUUGAAAAAUUUUGUUUAUGAGAAAAUGCAACUAUAUUGUUUUCAGGAUCAACAGUUGGAUGUCGUUGUACGAUGGAAGGCUCAUAUAUACAUAUAUAUAUAUAAUAAAUUAAAUCUUUUUUCAGUAAAA